UCCGGGCUCCAGUAAUAAUGUCAUUUUUUAAUAUUUUUACUGCUAUUUAUUUGAAUAUUUUUAUUGUUUUUAGAUUCGAUACGCGUACAAAUUUAUGUCCACCGACAACACUCACUUUAAAUUCAAUCCUAUAAUGGGAUUUUUGGCUUGUAGCUCCACUGCUAAAAUCCACGCGUUGCGUGAGCGUGGUCCUCAAGCAUCCGGAGAUCGGUGUGAGAUCUUGUUCAAACGUGUUGAUAAGAACCUAAAGGAUCCAAGUGCAGCGUUCAUUGGAAAUCCGGUUCCCGAUCGUAUUCUUCAAGUCGAAUUAUUGACCCGUUAA